CGAGGGUAAAGCAGAGUUAUUUUUAGUUAUUUUUUGAUCGCUUUACUUGAGCAAAUUGCAGAUUUGUAACUGGGUUGGGGUCGCUUCUUUAGGACCUUGUAUUGUUUCUUUUCUUCCCAAAGUUAAUAUUAUUACAGAUGAAAAAAAAAAAAAAGUUAUAACAUUGAUAAAAAAAAACAUGCGAGACAUUUUCUUAAGUUGUCCGGUGGUGACGGAUCCCAAAGUGUAUAAGAGAGAUUUUUGAGAUUACCCUUUGAGCAAAAGGGACAUUUGAGACGUUGCCUCUGCUCAAAAUGCAAAGGCGUUUCCUUUCAUCGGUUUCCGCUUCCGCCGGAAAUAGUAAAGCCCUAACUCAUGGGAGAUGGAGCGUGAAGCAGGUGAAAAAAUCCAACUUCAAAUCCGCUUUAGAUGAGAUUCGCACUUCAAUCGAUUCAUCAGACUUCGUUGCUCUCUCGCUACAGAACACCGGCUCCUACGCCGCCGCGUGGCACCGUGUCUCCGCCAUUGACACAUCUCAUACGAGCUACUUCAAGGCUAAAUACGCCGCCGAACGCUACCAGAUCCUACAGUUCGCUCUCUGCCCCUUCUCCCUUAGCGGCCCCAAACUCACCGUUCACCCAUAUAACUUCUAUUUGUUUCCUCGAGAUGAAUUGAAGCUAGGGAUGCCUUCUUAUAGCUUCUCUUGUCAAGCAUCUCGUUUAACAGCUAUGGCUAGAGAAGGAUUUGAUUUCAACACCUGCAUCUAUGAAGGAAUUUCGUACUUAUCAAGAGAACAAGAGUCUGCGUCGAAGUUUCUCUCAGGGAAUCCGAUAUUAGCUGAACCCAUUGCUGCACCUUCUUCUCCUUCCACUGUAGCUGAUGCCGUCUUUGUAGGAAGGAUCAGGUCGCGCGUCAAGAACUGGAGACAAUCUUGUUUAGAUUCGAGGUCAAAGACUGGAGAUGAUGAUUUGGUGAGUUCUCUGAGAAAGCUUGUUUUGGGGAGUGAGCAGUAUGGUUCGAGGCUAUGCUUGACUAUUGAUGUUUGUAGUGAGCGUCAAGCGCAACUUAUCCUAGAGAUGUUGACUGAGUUCGCUGAUGAUGUUGUUCCUCUACUCAUGGCUUCAAAAGGCAGAGGAACACAAGCGAUUCGUGCUGUCUUUAUGAGUUCCAAGGAGGACAUGGAUCUUUUUAAGAGAGAGCUUCAAGAUCUUGAAAACGAAGAUAACAUGCGAGUCCGUGGCUUCAGAGAAGUGAUUGAUUUGAUUUCUUCUUCACAGAAACCUGUUGUCUCACAGAAUUAUCUUAGCGAUUUCACUUCCAUCCAUGCCAAAUUCCUUGGUCCUCUACCUUCAAAUGUGGAUGACUUCAGCAGUUCAUUAAGCUCAGCUUUUCCCAAUGUUGUUGAUCUUAGUCAGUUGAUGAAAGAGAUUAGUCCCUUAAGUAACAUAAGUAAUCUCCCUGCAGCUAUGUCCUCCUUGAAUCGGUUCUUUGCUCCUGUGGAUGUGGAAGUGGCAAAUCAAGGCUCUCUGCUCAAACUAGACGAAGGCCAUGAGAAGCAUGGGCAAAACGUUGUGAUGACAUCACAGCUUUUUGCUAAACUAAGUACCAUACAGAGAUCACAUCAGUCCUCUGUUCAAUCAAAUGAAGAUCUCCAAGCUUUGGCUUCUGAUGAAAAUGUUAAAGUCUGGUCAAAGAACAGCAGGAAAGUAAGCUCUGAGAACUUGGUGUUUAUAUGGGGAUUGGCGAAGAAGGUGACAGCUUCAAUGCUCAAGAGUGUUCUACAAAAGUCGCACGACGUUUUCGCAACGCAAAAGUUUGAUGUGAAGUAUUUAGACAGGAGCUGUGCGGUUGUGGUGUUUUGGGAAAAAGGUUCGUCGGAGACUUUCCUCAGUGCGGUUAACGAUGAAGAGAAGCUUGUUGGUUCGUUAAGAGAGAUGGUUGCAGAAGGGCUUAGAGUGGCAGGUUAUGAGAGUUACAAGAGAGCUUGUAGAUUAGGUUUCUGGGAAGCUGACUUGGCGGAUUCUUUAGACAGAACAUUGGAGUCUUUAGAUGCUGAUUCCGAUGCAGACACUAGACCGUCGGAUAUUAGUUGGACGAGCGAGUUAGCUAUCAAUUUUGAUGAGCUAUGAAAUGUCUUCACUAAACCAAUGUAAUGGAUUCUUCGUCCGGGUUGGUUUUAUGAUUUUAGUUAUUUGUAUUUUCUUUAUCACUUACUCAAGGUUUAAUUAUGUGUUGCAGUUUGAUUAUGCGGUUUAUGAAAAGUAGAUCAUAUUAGUACUUUACAUAUUAGGACGCAUCUAUUACAUUUUCAGAUUUUGCCAGAAAGC